UUUAUUUAAUGCUGCUGUUUCCUUUCUCCAGGUAAUGCCUACGGUUGCCAAUAUCCACUGCCAGGGCAACAGCCUCCAAGAGUGUGCCCAGCAGACGGGGAGCUGGACCAGCUUGUGGUAUGUCUGGCUUAUCAUGCUCACGGUGUUCUUGCUGCUGAUGUGUGGCAUUGGAGCCAGCUGCGUGAAGUUUUGUUGCCGCAAGAAGAGGCCCCCUGUGCAGACUUUCCCACCCCAAGCCCACGACCUCACUGCCAUCCCCAUGGAUCAUGACAGCACCGCCCACAGCACCGUCACAUCAUACAGCUCCGUACAAUACCCCCAGAGUAUCCCGCUUCCUCUGUCCUUCAGGGAGAUCGACAGAAGUCUUAUGAGUCCUCCAGCAUACAGUCUUUAUGCCAUAGAGUUGCCGCCGUCUUAUGAUGAGGCCAUCAAGAUGGCAAAGCCCUACAUUGAGACUCCUGUGGCUGGCCAGAAACAAGACAAGAACGCCUCCCAGUCAGCGGCUGCAGAAGAGCAAAACCAGCCCCAGUUGGCAGCUCCAGAAGAGCAAAACCAGCCCCAGUUGGCAGCUCCAGAAGAGCAAAACCAGCCCCAAUUGGCAGCUCCAGAAGAGCAAAGUCAGCCCCAAACACUGCCAGAAACAGUACAACCAGGUUCACAGCUUCCAGAAGCUUCCACACAAGGACAGCCAGAACUUUAGCCUCUUGUUGUAGAGCCAGAAGACAGUGAAGUCACUGAGAACAACUAAUGGUGUUAGAAGUUCGGUCAUGUGUACUUGGUUAGCCUGAAGAGAGACCCAGUUGUUUGCCUCAUAGUGGUGACCCGUUGUGAGGGAGAGUUGUCUCUGGUGACCUUUGAUAACCUUCUGUUGCUGCUUUAAGGGUGCUAAGGGAAAUAUUGUGACAGCUGGUUAAAAAUAACCCUCUGUGGGUGAGAGAUUGUUUGUGUCAAUCUCCUCAAGGCGCAGUGUGGAAAAAAAAUGCUGUUGUCUUUUAUAGCAGUUGUGGCGCGAGCUGGCAUGGAUAGAGAGAAGAGCCACUUCAUGAGAACUGUCUGAGGGGAAUGGCACAAAAUGGCUGCUGGCUGGCCCUAAACAGAGAUUGACAGGGACUGUUUUCCCUCAUGGCAAAAUGAAAAAAGAGAAAUACAAACUGGCAUCUUCUUCUGAGAAGAAUGAACUGCCCAGCAAAUUGCUGAAGUACUUGAAUUCGUUGCUAUGUAACGACAAACUGCCUUGGACUUGAAAUAACAGCUGGAACUGGACGUGUGUGUUACAGAUUAAUAUGGACAAAUGUGUGAGGGAAGAAAUAUGUGCUAGGCCUUCAUGAGCAUGUCUACUUUGUUGUACUGAUUUAUUUUUCUUGAAUAAUAAAGCAUACUUUUGCUAAGGAACAUAA